GAAAUGGAUGUCAUCCAGAAGCAGGAUGAAAACUGUUACUGCUAUGUGCAAAACAGAACCAUUCACUUACAGUACCUGUGGUCAACUAUCCAGAUAAAAGUUAACAGCAGAGAAAGGUUCCGGUUUGAGCCUAUUUCAGAAAAAAACAACUGCCGGAAUUCAGAAACUGUUUUUGAGUUUGUUGCAUGUGCUGUUCAAAUCCUCUGGAAGCCAGAGACAUGUACAGAAACUUUUCUGAGCAUAAAACAAUAUGGAGAGGACGUUUGUUUCAAAAUCCAACCCUUCAAAAUUGAACCAUACGUUGUGAGGGUGAAAAGAGAAAUGCUAGAUGGAAAGCUCUUGUUUUUGUUUGUAGCUGGAAUUUUUCUGUUCCAUUUUGCAAACAGCCUGAGCAGGAGUGCCAAGUUCUUUUACCUUUCUGGAGUAAUACUGGGUGUUCUUGCUCUGCUAGUCUUUGUCCUGUUGACACUUAAAAGGUUUAUUCCAAGGCACAGUACCUUCUGGAUUUUAAUGAGUGGCUCCUGGAUGGUCUCUCUCUAUUUUAUUUACUGCUUCAAAGAGAAUAUACAGUGGUUGUGGUCUGAACACAAAAUCUACCUGUUGGGGUAUUUUCUGGCUGUUGGGAUGACCAGCUUUGCCAUUAGCUAUCAGCAUGGGCCGCUGACCACGGAGCUCAGCAUAACCUUGUUCACGUGGACGCUCCAGUUAACAGCCUUUGUCCUGAUCUACUUUGGAGUCACCGUCCCUCAAGUUGCAUAUGCAGUCAUAGCAGUCAGCCUCUGCUCCAAAGGCCUCUGUUACCCCCUGGGUGCUGCCUGUCAUAUUGCCAGAAAAAUGAAGCAUCACUUUAAAUCAAAAAAAUUGGUGUUUAAAUACCUUACUGAAGAGGAGUAUCGAGAACAAGGUGAAAGUGAAACGAUCAGAGCUCUGGAGGAGCUGCGCUCAUUCUGCAGGAGCCCUGACUUCCCAACAUGGAUAGCUGUAUACAAACUCCAGGCUCCACACAGGUUUGCAGCUUUUGUUCUGGGAUCUCCCCACGUCUCAGCUGCAGAAACAAAGGCGCAUGAUGAGCAGUAUGGCAUUGGGAGCUUCUUCCUGGAAGAGCAGCUCUUUGAGACAAGGGCACAGUUUGAGCAAGAUGAGCCAGCCAAUUCUGUCCAUGAAGAAGAUGAGGAGAAUGAAAAUGAAAUGCAUACACAAAUUCCAUUUCCAUAUGCUGCUGAGCUGCUUUGAGAAGUAACAACAACAAAAAAGACAGAAAACACAUUUCUCCUAGAAAGGGAGGAUACAGAAUGAGAACUCACACUUGGCCUUUUCUUGUGGUUGCUGGUGGACAAAGAAGGAUUUUUGAAAAAUACUCUUUCCUGCAUCACCCAUGUUACCUGAUUACCAUAGGGGCUGUUCAAGUGAAGAGGAAUCUCAUGCUAUGGGUAUUUUCACUAGGGCAACAAACAUUGUGUAUUUCUAAGGCAAGUACUGGAGACAGCCUGUCCACCAGGAUGCCUUCUUUUACCAAGAACACUACCUCUAGUAAACAGAGAAUCUGGUUUUUUUUCCAUCAUCAAGUCCUCUGUGCUGAGCACUAGAGGGAGGAAAAGCCAUUUUUAAUACUCUCCUUUUACUAAGUACCCUCUGUGUCAAGACUUGUGGUAAUGCUUUUAGAGUGUCGAUAAACUGUGUUCAUUGUUUGUGAGACUUUUAUAGAGAGUUGAUGCAGCUGAACGAGGUUUGUUUCCUCUUCUGGCUGGGCUGGUCUGUUAGCUUCAUCCUGCCUCUGCCUUUAGUUUUAAGCUCCCCUUGCUCCUCAGAAUGCUGCCUGAUUUUUCACCCUCUGCCCAUAUUAUUCCAUUCUUGACCUCUGCUGUAGUUACACUGCAUUUUGUUCUUUCCAAGUCUUUGUUUAUUUACAUACUUUCUUCCCUCUUGUACAGAUCUUCUGCUAAACCUUUCUCUAGCCCUCUGCUUCUCCACCUCUGAUAAUGGUUUAGGAGAAGUUUUCCAUCCCUAAAUAUUUUUGCUAUUGCCUUCAGUUUCAGUGUCAGCUUACCUCAGGCAGGUGCUGCUGUCUAUUCCAGGCCUCUGCAGAGCUCCAAAAAGCCCAUAAAGGCUGAAGCUGUUUCAGCUGCUUGGAGAAACUGCUAUUAGCAGAGCCAGAGUGCUGCUGUGAGCCUGGAACUGGGAAUGCAGAUAACCCACACAGCUCCACUGGCCUCAGAGUACCCAGUAGUUUGUUCACUGAGUUAAGAAGCAGAAAAUCAUUCCUGGAAAACAAUGAGGGUAAAACCUGGCUUUUACCUUCCCUUUCUCAGCUGUCUGUGGGGCUUCUCACAGGAGAAGUGGGGAGGACCAGAGAGAAAUUUAGGCAGUAGUCAGGUGUCUUUCAGCUUAUGUAUUACACAGUCCUAGGCUAGGGAGUAGUGUGUGUACCUCAGCUCACCCACCUGCAGAUGUCAUUUCUUUCUUUUGUUCUUUACACUCUCCCUCCCUGUAUUCUUCUGUUCUCACUCUGCUGUUUUCCUUUACUGUCUUACAAACUGCAGAAGACAAAAGACCAUUAAUUCUGAUUAAUUCACCAUCUGAUCUCACAAAGCCACUGGGAACUGUGAGCAAUGAGCAGUUGGUGCUCAAGAAAGGCAUGUCAGACUGGGAUCUGUCUGCUUUAAAAGGGCUGUCUGUUCUUUGUAACACGUGUAGUGGUGCAGCAUGACUUCAGCAGUGCAGGUGCUUCCUGGGUUCUCCUCGGGACAAAACCCGUUACCUCCAAUGGUGCUAAGUGUGGCCAUACCAUAAUCCAAGAGCUCCUCUGUGUAACAAAGGACUCAGAGUUGGUGCUUGAAAGCCUUAAAGCCUUACUGAUGUGGUCUUUUCUCCUUUAUAUUGUUUCAUCUUUGCUUCAGUUGAAAAGAAAUACUUCCAUUUUACAGUAAAGAGGCACUUAACACCUUUUAGUGUCAUAAAAUUUUAAGUACCUAUGCAGAAUCUAAAGCAUGUUUAGCAGAGAAAAGCCAUGUCAAGCAGGUGAUCCAAAAUGAACUUGCUGUUAAAUCAAGAACAUUCAAGAAUAGAGCAAGAGUUCUGUUUAGGAAGCUACUAGCAGCAAGACUCACCUUUGGCUGGUGCUACCAAAUCCACAGCUAAAUUGCCACCCACACUUGGGAAGUCAGGUUUGGCUUGGGGGGCUCUGGCACUAGCAACAAGCAGUUGUAAAAACAGAGGAAGGCCUCAUUAUCUUGGCUGGUUUGGGAGAAGGGUGAAAACUCCCCCCUGAACAAUGACCAUAGACCAAAUCAGAUUUAUUUUAUCUUUGUGUCACCAUCAUGAAAAUGGAGUACUUAAAAUCAUUACAGAUUAGGUAAAGGAUACUCAACAAGAUGUCUUAAUGUUUUCUGCAUGUUUUGAAGUACAGAGGUUUUUUUUGGUGUACUUUAUAGUUAGCCAAGAACUCCUAUCCAAGAAAUUUGAGGCCAAGGAAGGGAAUCACAUUUGUCUGAGCUUAAACAAACAGGUUUUUCAAUGUCCUCUCUUUAGUGAGGUAGUGAAGAUUACCCUUCCAUAAUAUGGAGGCAUGUAAAUACGUAACAUGUAUUUACAUACAAUAACCCAGAUUAUACAUUAAGGUAGUAUUUUACCUAAGCAAUAUGUUAAAUGGAAACGCCCCCCCCACCCCUUAGUUUAGGUAAUUACAUGUUUUAGAAGAAUACCAGGUACACCUCCUUCAACAAGGAAAAAAGUUAAAAAGCAAUAAAAAUUAAAUAAAAAUCACUCACGCUGUAUGCAGUUGUGAGAUCCAUUGUUUGGCAGGGAUGGGUAAAUACUAUCCAAAGUAGAGCAGGAAACAAUUAAAUACAUGCAAAACAGAAUGGCAGCAAUAGGAGAAAGAUGAUGGCUACCUUAGUGGGUAGCUAAUAGUGACCUUAAAAAUCCUCCCAAGCCUGUUCCAACACUGAAAGGGUUUCAUAAACAAAACCCACCAAAAGCAGCUGCUGUCACUGGAGCCCUGUUCACUUGCACAGUGCUCCUGUGAUAUGUGGAGAUGACACAGCCUUACUGAAACACAAUUGUUAAGUACUGUUGUUUUGGUUUUCAGCUAGAAAAUCUAGGAACAGAAUCUAGGCAUUAAUCCAUUGCCCUAACUCUUACAAAAGCCUUUCUCCCUUAACAAAGGAUGUUACAUUUUUCUCUGGUCUCUGCAGUGUUCACAGUGAUGCCCUGCACUCGUUCACACUGACCAGUUUACAACGCACAUUGGUUUGUGUCCCUUACAGUCCCUGCACCCCACAGAAGGGAACUGGUGCCUGCAGUCAGAUUUUAUUAUCAAAUACUAUUUUAACACAGUGCAAGAGUACUUCCCAGGCUCUUGGUUCAGCAUCCUCCAGUAACUUUUGUAAAAGGUCAUAAUCACUGAAUUAUUUUCACUUCAGGUUGGUUACGUCACUGCUGACACUAAUACGAAAAAAUAAAAGUUCACAUUGAUACUAUUAAA